CAACGCUUCAUUGACAAAUUUCUUAUUUCGAUAAAAAAAAUCACGUAGUACGUUCGGUGAUUUAAAGCAGCCGUAGAGACACAAGGCCUAGGUUCGUCAAGAAACAGCCUCGAACAGCCUCGAACGUGUUUUCAAGUCUGUCAGAAACGGAUUCAGUGUCAAAUCCCCGUCAAUUGCACCGCGAAACAAGGGAAAGAGGAGGAGGAAAUAUUUUCCAGCGCCAUCUUGCCUCGUAGCUCCUAAUUCGUCAGUGCCUGUGAAUGGACUUGUCAUAAGUGUUUUAUGUUAUUUUGUUCGUUAUUUCGGUUACAAAAGUUAGUGUAUUAAAUUUCGAGUACACGUCAGGUUUAAUAACAAGACUAUCCUGAAGAAAAAUUCAAAUCCUCCAUUUUAUCAAUAGUGUUCGGGAAGUUUUCUAUGUUUCUGGGCAAGAAGUAGCUUCAUCGACAACUGCCAGCAGUAUUUCGUAUGCCAACAAUGGCGAUGCAGAAGAUGAGAAGACAAGGUCAAGACGUUAUGCAGGUUAACCUGGCAGGUAUUAGGCGAGACAUUGUUAAUCUUGCCCAUAAUUAUAGCAAUGCGCAGAAAGCAGUACGUAAAGCCACCAGCAAUGAUCCAUGGGGUCCAAGCAGCACACUUAUGGCAGAAAUUUCUGACCUAACAUACAAUGUUGUAGCUUUCACUGAAAUCAUGCAGAUGUUGUGGAAAAGAUUGAACGAUCACGGUAAAAAUUGGCGGCAUGUGUACAAAGCUUUAGUCCUCUUGGAGUACCUAAUUAAAACAGGAUCAGAAAAGGUUGCACAGCAAUGUAAAGAAAAUAUUUUUGCCAUCCAAACUUUAAAGGAUUUCCAAUACAUGGAAGGGUCUAAAGAUCAAGGUGUGAACGUAAGAGAGAAAGCAAAGCAACUAGUGGCCUUAUUAAAAGAUGAUGAGAGGUUAAGAAACGAACGAGCCAGAGCAUUGAAAGCUAAGGAAAGAUUUACACAAUCCGUUAGCGGGUUUGGGAGCGAAGGAUUAGAUGCUAUGUCACCCGUGAGCAGUGAUUUCCAGGAUUGGGAACCGUGUCGCCUCGGAUCCGAAUCUGCAGCUAGACCCGAAUUGGAAGCUGCAAGGCCACAAACAGUCGGAGAAGAGGAACUGCAACUGCAAUUGGCUCUGGCAAUGUCUAGGGAAGAGGCGGAGCAGGAAGAACAAAGAAGGCGCAGUGACGACGUCAGACUGCAGUUAGCUCUCAGUCAGAGCCAGCAAGAUUUUAAAGUUCCACAAACCGAGAAACAAAGUCAUAUGCUGGACCUCUUGGAUGUUAAUUUAGGAGAAGCCAGCGGUGGAGCCAAUGCACAAACUGAUCCUUGGGGUGUUCCCGUCGCCGCACCCCCGCCCAGGCCACAGUCUUUGGAUUUGUCUCAGUUUUAUAUGUACAAGCCGCAGAAUGACCCAUGGAGCGCCCCCAACACGAGUAGUACGUCACCCAUGAUCGACCCAUGGGCACCUGUUCCACCACAAAGACCAUCGGCUUCCAUUGAUCCGUGGCGGGCACCCGCACCAUCACCUGUACCAGUUACGUCUCCACCUACAGCAGAUCCUUGGUCACCUGUGCCCGCUACCGCUGAAACUGAAACAAAUAAAAAGCCAGCCGGACGAGAGGGUGCAACAUCUGCUUCUCCGUCUUUCAACAACCCCACCCUAACGCAGAACAUUGGCUUCGCGGCACAAUCACCGCAGAACAUUGGUUUCGCGGCGCCAUCGCCGCCGAACAUAGGCUUCAAUCUGCCUGCAUCUUCGAAUAAUUAUAACACCACAAGCAACGGUUUCAACGGCACCGGAUCUAGUUUUAACAAUUUCUCUGCGGGCAAUCAAAACAACCCAGGAGUCAGCCCGCUGAGCGACUUAGACGAGUUCGAUGUAAUUACUAACAGAAAUAAGCUUGGAUCUAGUCCACAACCAGUAAACAAUGGAGAUUCGCUAUCACCAGAUCCAUUCGAUUUGGGAGGCAUAGCCGAAAAUCUACCUACAAGUACGGGAGCUGUUAAGAAAACACCACAGUCGUUCCUCGGGGAGAACUCUGCUCUGGUUAACCUUGAUAAUCUCGUCAGUACUUCUGCGAUUAAACCAGCUACGCCAACACCUGCAGCAACCAUCUCGUAUUCAGCAAAUCCAUUUGCGACGGUAACACCACCACCACCCCGUCCUACGAUCAAUCAGAUUCGACAGGAUCCUUGGGCAGCGAAUACACCUACUACAGCGAAUCCGUUCCUCUCGUAGCUCGACAAUAGAAUUGUCGAUGACGUCAGUCGAUAAAUCAAGAGCACCGUGGUCUAAAAAGUAUUCGAGGUUUUUAGCGGUAACCCUGUACGGUAUAAGUUUCUCGCUCGCUAUAAAAUAGCUUUAUUUCAAGAUAAUAGACGACAUACACACACACACAGACACGUACCCACACAGAGACGACAGAGUGAAAACGUCCUAUCGCAAUAAAAAGAAAAAACGAAAAAAAUAUUCAGAACACGCUAGUUUUAACAUUUGAAAGUAAUACGAGUCUUUUACGAAUGAUUAAAAGCGACCAUCAUCGACCCGAUCGGUCCUUGUUAAUCGAUGAGAAAAUAGAAAUGUUAAGGAAGUA